AUGCCUGAAUCUGUUCCCAUUCCUUUAUACCCUAACUCUGUCUCCAUGAAGCUCCUCAUAUGGAAUUGUAGAGGUGUAGGCAAUAAGAUUUUCAGAAGAACUCUGAAAGAAUUGGUUCAGAAUUACAAGCCAUCGAUUUUAGCAUUAAUGGAAACGAAAGUUGAGCUCAAUCCUGUGGGCAAGAGUGGUGGUAUCUGGAUUCUGUGGGAUCCAUUUCGUGCAACCGUAAAAGCCUUAGAGGUGAAUGCUCAAUGUAUUCACGCCAAGAUUCAACGAGAUAAUCACUCAGACUGGAUUUUGUCAGCCAUCUAUGCUAGCCAUAAUCCUAGAGUUAGGGAUAAUCUGUGGAAAAUUUUGGAAGCUGCGGCAGAUAACAUGAACCAUCCUUGGCUUGUGGCAUGGGAUUUUAAUAAUAUCGCAUCGCAAGGGGAGAAGAGAAGUUUCUCAACAAACCAAAGCAGUAUUAGAACUCGAAAAUUCAAUGCAAGAUUGAACAGAUGCAAUCUCAUGGACUUAGGUUGUUCUGGUCCUAAUCUUACUUGGUCUAAUGGUCAGCAAGGCCUUGCUAAUACAAUGGAAAGACUUGACCGAGCUGUGUGCAAUACAGAGUGGAGACUUGCUUUUACAGAAGGAGCGGUUAAGAAUCUUCCCCGAACCUACUCUGAUCAUUCUUCCAUGAUUGUUUUCACUCAAGGUAUGAAUUCUCCUAACCUUUCAGCUAGACCUUUUCGUUUGGAAGCUGCUUGGUUUACAGAUUCUAGUUUCAAAAAUGUUGUUGAAAAGUCUUGGGUUGAUAGUCAUUUUUCUGUUCCUGAGGCCAUUGAUUUACUUACUAAAAAUGCUUUGAGUUGGAACAAAAAUAGUUUUGGAAAUAUUUUCAGGAAAAAAAAGGUGGCUCUUGGGUAG